CCUGACUGACCUGUGUUCAGUCCGGCCAGCUGCACUUCAUGUGACGAAAUGGAGGCAAUACUCAGUGUUCUCAGCUUGGAGUGGAUAGAUGGCAGAAGUUUAUUAAUAUUUUUCUGUGUUUUUCUGCUGUUGGCUGAUGUUUGGAAGAACAGAGUCCCAAGAAAUUUUCCUCCUGGACCGUGGGCUCUGCCUUUCAUUGGUGAUCUUCAUCGCAUCCAACCUGCAAGACUUCACCUGCAGUUCACAGAGUUUGCAGAGAAAUAUGGAAACAUCUUCGGCCUUCGUCUCUUUGGUGGAAGAAUGGUGGUCAUCAAUGGCUACAAGCAUGUGAAAGAAGCCCUGGUCCAACAAGGAGAAGACUAUGUAGAUCGUCCUUCUAUUCCGUUGUUCAAUGAAUUUUUUGGAAAUACAGGCAUUGUGAUGGCAAAUGGUAAUCCAUGGAAGCAGCAGAGGAGAUUUGCUCUUCAUACACUCAGAAACUUUGGUCUGGGCAAGAAGACUCUGGAGGUGUUCAUCCAGCAGGAGUGUCGAUAUGUCACGGAGGCGUUUGCAGACCACCAAGGGAAGCCUUUUGAUCCCGUGAAACUGAUCAACAAUGCUGUGUCCAACAUCAUCUGCUGUUUGGUGUUUGGGCGUCGAUUUGAGUACACUGACAAGCAGUACCAGGCUAUUCUUCAAAAAUUUAAUGAGGCAAUGCGCUUACAGGAAAGCAUGUUUGUCCAGAUUUACAACACAGUUCCCUGGCUGAUGAAGUGGCUGCCUGGACCUCAUUGGAAGAUAUUCACUCUGUUUAAAGAAGUAAUUGCCUUUGUAGAAACCGAAAUCAAAGAACACAGAGAAACCCUCGAGCCCUCAUCACCAAGAGACUACAUCGACUCCUUCCUCAUAGAAAUGGGAGACAAGGAGGACAAAGAAGCUGGUUUUGAUCUCAAAAAUUUAUGCAUUUGCACUCUUGAUUUGUUUGGUGCUGGAACUGAAACUACUACCACUACUUUACGCUGGGGGCUGCUGUACAUGAUCCACCACCCUGACAUACAGAAGAGAGUCCAGGCUGAGAUAGAUGCUGUGAUUGGUUCAUCCAGACAGCCCUCCAUGACUGACAGAGAAAACAUGCCCUAUACUGAUGCAGUCAUCCAUGAAAUACAGAGAUAUGGUGACAUCGCUCCACUUAGUGUCAUCCACAUGACUCACAGGGACACCACACUGGAUAAGUACACAAUCCCAAAGGGCACCAUGAUAAUGCCGUCUCUGCACUCGGUUCACAUCGAUGAGUCGAUGUGGGAAACUCCACAUUCCUUCAACCCUCAGCACUUUCUGGACCAGGAUGGUAAAUUUAGGAGGAGAGAGGCCUUCCUUCCUUUUUCUGCAGGUAAGCGGGUGUGUAUUGGGGAACAACUGGCCAGGAUGGAGUUAUUCCUCUUUUUCACCUCCCUCCUUCAGAGAUUUUCAUUCAUCGCACCUGCUGGAGAGAAGCCCAGUCUGGAGUAUACCAUGGGAGGCAUUCGCUCACCUAAACCGUACCGCCUUUGUGCCACACCACGAUAAACCACAACUCACAAUAAAUCAUUGUGUUCCACUACAUUCGUCUUGUAAUGUAUAAAGAAUGUCGACUAUAAAAAAUAUCAUUGGAAAGUAAUGUCAAUCAGCAGACCUUUUCAAGAAACCAUUACACAUUGUCAAAGUAAUCUACUACACUCGUGAAAAAACUUUUAUGUAUAAUUGUAAAGACCACAUAUAUCAUGGCAGUUUUGAUUCCAGUCACUCCCAGAACUCUUCAUGUUUUAGGAUGAAAGUACUGAAACGUGUCAUGACAAAAUAAUCAUACAUCCGUAAAAUGUCAAUUGAAGGUAUUGCAAGCCAUUAUAUCUUUUCAAUAAACAGUUAUACAUUAUUGAAAUAAUCUACUUAAAACAUGAAAACAAAAAUCCUGUGAACCUUCCAGUUCUUAACAAUAAUCAGCAAGAACGAUAAUUUCCACACCACAUUCAUUUUGUCAGACAUGCAAAAACUUGAUUUGUGUGUGAAUCAAUAAGCUGAGAUUAACUCGUGCUUCUCAUGAA